AUGGAUCACACGAAUUUUGUUGACCUUCUGACCAGUCAACAAGAUAGUGUCAUUCCUCAAUCGUUUCCUUGGGAGAGCUCAUCACAAGUCCCUGUCUUCAGCACUCAAUGUACAGAAACUUCAAGUUUCUGUGAAGAGUCAUCUACACAGCGCAAAGAAAGAAAGAAAUGGACUCCUUCUGAUGAUCUUGUGCUCAUAAGCGCCUGGUUAAACACCAGUAAAGAUCCUGUCGUGAGCAAUGAGCAGAAAGCAGGCACAUUCUGGAACCGCAUUGCAGCCUACUAUGCAGCUAGUCCGAAGGUGGAAAGUGGAGAUAAGCGAGGAGCUCUUCAAUGCAAGCAAAGGUGGCAGAAGAUUAAAUUCAACCUUCACCAUGCUUGGGAGGAGCUCCGCUAUGACCAGAAAUGGUGUGAGCAUGCUAGUAGUAAGCUUGGUGGAAGCGCUAAGAAGAGAAAAUGCGAGGAUGGAGCAGAAACAGAAAGCUCUCAAGCUACUAUCAAUGUCGAUGAUCUACCUACCAAACGUCCUGCUGGUGUUAAGGCUGCGAAAGCAGCUUCUGCAAAGAAACCAAUAGUAGAUAAGGAGGCUGAUGAGAAGUUUGGCAAGUUGUGCUCAAUUAAAGAGAAAGACCUUGUCUUGACAGAGAGAGUUUCCAAAAUGAGACUGCUUGACAGUCUCAUUACAAAAAAAGAACCACUUUCUGAAAAAGAAGAAGCACUGAAGAGUAAGCUUCUUACAGAGAUGCUGGAUGCUUCUGGUUGA